AUGACGCUUCUCACCAGCUUCACCGCCAACCUCACCUCCUCCAUCUUCCUCUCCCUCUCUCUAGUCUCCACCAUCCUCUGCACCCUACUCAUCGCCCUCGCCCUCCAUUACACCCUCACAUCCCUCCUCUCUAUCCUCCACCCCCAUCUCCGACACAUCCCCGGGCCCUUUUUCGCCCGCUUCUCCUACCUGCCCCUAGCCCGCCAACACUUCGCCAGCACGCUCAACCCCUUCUAUCGCUCCAUCCACGCCCGCUUCCACAAUCGUCCGCUCAUCCGCAUUGCGCCCAAUUACCUUCUCACCAACGACAUCGAGGUCUUCAAGCGCAUCAACGCCGCCCGGUCAACCUACAACCGCGAUGGCUGGUACCAGGCGAUCCGGUACCACCCGACGGAGGAGCACAUGUUUAACGUGCUUGAGGGUGGGAGGCACGACAAGAUGAAGGCGAGGGUGAUGGGGGCGUAUGGAGGACGGGAGGUAGAAGGGGUGGAGGGACAGGUGGAGGAGGUUGUGGGGGGGGUUUGUGAGGCUUGUGAGGGAGCGGUGGCGGAUCUGGCACCGCUGUGCUCGUAUCUGACCAUGGAUGUGAUUACCAAGUUGGGGUUUGGUGAGGAGUUUGGGUACCUGAAGAGGGAGGAGGACGUGUUUGGCUUCUUGCAGGAGUUCAGGGAGGCAAACUGGCUGAUGGGGAUCGCGAGCGACUUGCCGUAUCUUAGGAAUGUGUUGUUCUCGAGUUGGUUUUUGAGGUGGUUGGGACCGAAGAAGACGGAUAAGAAAGGGUUUGGUAAGCUGCUGGGUGGUGUAGAUGAGAUUGUAGAGAAAAGGUGGCAGGAGUGGCAGAAAGCGAAGGAUAUCAAGCAUAGGGAUAUGAUGGCUGCCUUCCUCAGGAAUGGUCUGACGCGGGCCGAGAUCGAGCACGAAGUCGUGUUUAUGAUCACCGCCGGCUCCGACACCACCGCUACCACAAUGCGGACGACCAUCCUCAAUAUCAUCACCCAUCCGAACGUGUAUCUGGAGCUCAAGAGAGAGAUCUUCAAGGCCGCACGGGAUGGCAAGGUUUCCAAUCCGGUCAAAUAUGAGGAGGCCAGAGCCCUUCCGUAUCUGGAGGCAAUCAUCCACGAAGGUCUGCGUAUGCGACCCCCAGUAACCGCUCUCUUUCUCAAAUCAGUGCCACCGGAGGGUGACACCUUCUGCGGCCACUUUAUUCCCGGAGGCACGGCCAUCGGUGUCAACAUCUCGGCCAUUAACAUGUCAAAGAAGCUCUACGGAGACGACGCCGGAUUCUUUCGUCCUGAGCGGUUCCUCGAGGUUAGACAGGAUCAGCGUGAGGAGAUGUACCGAAAUGUCGAGGCGAUCUUUGGCUCGGGAAGAUGGACGUGUGCCGGGCAGAACAUCGCUUGGAUGGAGCUGUACAAGUUCUUAUUCGAGCUGUUCAGAAACUUUGACAUAGAGAUCGCUGAUCCCAUGAAGCCCAUGAAGACUGGAUCACAGCAUAUCUGGCUGGAUCAAGACUUUCUUGUUCGGUUCAGGGAGUCGAGGACGGACUACUAG